AUGACUUCCCUUACCAACGGUCAAGUCACUGAAUUGCAACAAAAUGAAGAUUACGCUAUUAAGAGCGAAGCGGUUACACCGAAACUUGACACAUCUCAAUGGCCCUUGUUGUUGAAAAAUUACGAUAAACUCUUAGUUAGAUCAUCCCAUUUCACACCCAUUCCUACUGGUGUAUCCCCUCUCAAAAGAGAUCUCACGACAUAUGUCAAAUCAGGUGUAAUCAACCUCGAUAAACCUUCCAAUCCAUCAUCCCAUGAAGUCGUAGCGUGGCUCAAGAGAAUCUUGCGAGUUGAGAAAACCGGACAUUCAGGAACCUUAGAUCCUAAAGUAACUGGGUGUUUGAUAGUCUGUAUUGAUCGAGCUACAAGAUUAGUCAAAUCCCAACAAGGAGCAGGAAAAGAAUAUGUUUGUGUCGUAAGAUUCCACGAUACCCUCCCAGACGAAAAAGCUUUACCUCGAGCAUUAGAAACUUUGACUGGAGCUUUAUUCCAAAGACCACCUUUGAUCUCAGCUGUCAAGCGACAAUUACGUGUCAGAACAAUCUAUGAAUCAAAGUUAUUGGAAUUCGACAACAAAAGAAAUAUGGCCGUAUUCUGGGUCAGCUGUGAAGCCGGUACUUAUAUCAGAACUUUAUGUGUACAUUUAGGUUUGUUAUUGGGUGUUGGUGCUCAUAUGCAAGAACUUCGAAGAGUAAGAAGUGGUAUCACUGGUGAAAAUGAUGAUAUCGUUUCAAUGCACGAUGUCUUGGACGCUCAAUGGUUAUACGACAACACUCGGGAUGAAUCAUACUUGCGACGAGUCAUUAAACCAUUAGAAUCCCUUUUAACCAACUUCAAAAGAAUUGUCGUUAAAGAUUCAGCUGUCAAUGCAGUUUGUUACGGAGCAAAACUUAUGAUUCCCGGUUUAUUGCGAUACGAAACUGAUAUUGAAGUGAACGAAGAAGUCGUUUUGAUGACCACGAAAGGAGAGGCAAUAGCAAUUGGAAUAGCUAUGAUGUCAACCGUUGAUCUGGCUUCAUGUGAUCAUGGUGUAGUAGCAAAAGUUAAAAGAUGUAUCAUGAACAGAGACUUGUAUCCUAGAAGAUGGGGUUUAGGUCCUAAAGCUCAAGAGAAAAAGAAGAUGAUCAAAAAAGGUGAAUUAGAUAAAUAUGGUAAAACUAUCACAGGUGUAACUCCUCAAAACUGGAAUAAAGAAUACGUUGACUACAACGCUUCAACUGAAGAAGGUACUUCUGCUACAUUGCCUACUCAACCUCAACCCUCUGCCGCUGCUACUGCCACUCCAACUGCGACUAUAACACCUAUAGAAGAAGGUGAAAAGAAGAGAAAGAGAGAUACGGAAAGUGAAGUCGCUGCUACUCCUUCAAAAGGUGAAGAUAAAGACAAGAAAAAGAAAAAGGUCAAGACCGAAGAUGGAGCAGAGCGAGAAGAGACCGCAGAAGAGAGAGCCGCCAGGAAAGCAGCUAAGAAGGAGAAGAAAGAGAAGAAGGCUUCUGCAUGA